CAAACAGACCCGAAUACGGUCUCUCUCUCUCUCCGAGCGUCUCAGAAAAACUCUGAUCGUUUAUAAAUAAACGAGAAAACCGAAAAUAUAGAAUACUCUUAACACUCUCCGGUCUCCCACACAAAAAGAGGAAGAAGAAAUCACCAGAGUAACGCUAACGCACAAACGCUUUCUCUAGUAUCUAGAAGACUAGAACUCUGAUUGCUUUUUCCUUCUGCAAUGUAGCUCCCUCACAAAAAUCUGUUGCGAAAUGGCCAAAUGUCACCGGAAUAACAUCGGAUCCUUAAUCCUUCCUCACUCCUCCUCCACUAAUUCCUCUGUUGGCGGCCAUUUCAGAUUUUCCACCUCCUUCUCCGCCUCUGCAUUCCGCCGUAAAAUCUUUGAUGCCGUUAGCUGUGGUGGCAGCUCCCGUUACCACCAUCGCCACCAUGAUGACGACUUUUCCUCCAACACUACAACUGCCACAUCCGCUACAACCACAACAACAUCAACGACCACCACCGCGAGUACCACGGAGAAGUCCGAUAACAAUAAUGUAUGCGAGAAAAAGGCAGGGAGAGCGAGAAAUAGAAAGUCGGAGAAGUUAUCGGAUCUGUUGUGCAUUGCAGAGGCGGAGACUGAAAUCGAGACGAAGAAGAAAGUUGAGGCGUUGGAAGAGCUGAAACGAGUAGUGAAGGAAUUGCAGGUUGAGAGCGAAACGAAGAGAAAAGAGGCUGCCUGCUGUGUAAGGUUGCUUUCUAAGGAAGACUCGGUAGUGAGAGUCACUCUCGCAAUGUUAGGUGCAAUUCCUCCUCUAGUUGGAAUGCUCGAUGUGGAAGAAGUGGAGUCUCAGAUCGCUUCUCUCUAUGCCUUGCUCAAUCUUGGGAUCGGAAAUGAUGCGAAUAAAGCGGCAAUUGUUAAAGCAGGGGCUGUUCACAAAAUGCUGAAGAUCAUAGAAUCUCCAAGUCCUCCUAACCCUUCUGUAUCUGAAGCAAUAGUGGCAAAUUUUCUAGGCUUGAGCGCAUUGGACUCAAAUAAACCCAUUAUAGGUUCUUCAGGUGCAAUCCCCUUCUUGGUAAAUGUCCUCAAGGAUUUGGACCAUAAAAGUAGCGACCAAGCAAAACAAGAUGCUCUUAGAGCUCUGUACAACCUUUCAAUAUUCUCAUCCAAUGUUUCAUUUAUUAUAGAAACGAAUUUGAUCCCAUUUCUUAUGAAUAUGCUGGGAGACAUGGAAGUAAGUGAAAGAAUUCUGUUGAUUUUGAGCAAUGUUGCAUCGACGGCAGAGGGUAGAAAGGCCAUUAGUGUUGUACCAGAUGCUUUUCCAAUUUUAAUAGAUGUUUUGAAUUGGACCGACUCGCCGGGAUGCCAAGAGAAAGCAUCUUAUAUAUUGAUGGUGAUGGCACACAAAGCCUAUGGGGAUAGACAGGCGAUGAUUGAGGCAGGAAUUGUAUCAUCAUUGCUCGAGUUAACACUUUUGGGGAGCACAUUAGCACAGAAAAGGGCUUCAAGAAUCCUGGAACUUUUGAGAGUGGACAAGGGGAAGCAAGUUUCAGAGAAUUAUGGUGGGAAUUUGGGUGCAGCAGUGUCUGCUCCUCUUUGUAUGUCUUCAUCAUCUUCAAGAAACCCAAAUGGGGCUUCAAAGGAGUCUCUGGAGGAGGCAGAGGAUAUGAUGAGCGAGGAAAAGAAAGCAGUGAAACAAUUAGUGCAACAGAGUUUGCAGAAUAAUAUGAGGAGAAUUGUCAAGAGGGCCAAUUUGCCACAAGAUUUUGUUCCAUCGGAGCAUUUUAAGUCCCUCACAUCUAGUUCAACCUCAAAAAGUUUACCGUUCUGAGGAGACUGAUGGAGCUAGGUAGGUGUGGAGAUUGCAGGGGUGCAUUUUGAAGUUAGCCUUCUUAUCGUUGUUCUAAUUGCCAUCUUGGUGUUUGUAGCAGCAUUAUUAGCAUGUGAAAUAGUCAUCUUGUGUUAGAUUUUGUAUAAUUUCAGAAUUUUAUAGUAAAGAUUUGUGAGCAUUAACAUAAUAUCAUUGAUGUUAUUUUGGUUUAAAUCUGGAUGCAUUUACCGAAUGCUUGCAGUGUGACAGGGCUAUAGUUGAAAACUUCCGUAAAUUGGGAUGCUUCUCUGUCAGACUGUCAGUGGUGUGCUCUGCAAAUUUGGAAAAAUCCGAGGGCCUUUUUGUGUGUGUCGUAUAGCUAUGUAUUCUCCUAAUUUAUUGGCCGUUGUCAACCGGCUAGUACAUUCUUGUUUACUCUCA